AUUUUAGCAUGGCAACACUCUUCUACAUGAUUGUUUUUUGGAUUCUGAGGGAACUUAUAAACACCAUCUUUCUGUGUCUCUUGCGUUGAUGAAGAAUCACAGAUAUAUGUCUUCUGUGAAAAACAAUAAUGGCAAAACUGCUGUGGAAUUAUAUGAAGGGCAUCAGUGUAAAGCAUAUGAUGACACAACUAGGUCAAUACAGAAACAAGAACUGCUUAACAUAUUAAAAGGAGGACCGUUGCCUACUAUUUCAUUGGAUGAGACGUCUCCUGUUCCAGAACUAAUUGCUGCCCGUGGAUCAGAGCAAACAAAGUAUUUCAUUGAAGCUAAGAAGGAAGGAGCAGUAGAUAUGAACAUGGGAAAGGUGAUGGUGAUGGGCAGAGAAGGUGCCGGUAAAUCGUGUUUGGUUAACUCAUUCCUUGGAUUGCAAUUUAAUGAAAAUCAUGACAUAACUGAUUGCAUUGCUGUCAAAAAGGUCGUUUCCAAAAACACUGCUGAAGCUGAUAAGUGGGAAGAAAAUGCUGGGGAUGAAAAAGCAGCUGAAAUUUAUGAUUCAGGUGUUGCACAUAUUGUAACUAGGAAACUAUUGGAUGGAGGAAAGGAGAGUACAACGGCAGAAAGCACAAAUAAUGAAGCCGACUCAGAAAAUAUGCAGACAUCAAGUAAGAAGGAAACAAGACGCGAGGACUCAGAAUCAAGUGUAAAGGUCAAGAGUAAGGUACCUGAUAAAUUAAAGAAGUUUACGAAGUGGGUACAACGCAGACUCCCAACCAAGAGAUCGGAUGUUCAGUCCCCAGUGCCUCAUUCAGAAGUCAGAAGAAAAAGUGUUAGACAACAUUCCACUGAAGAAGAAAUAGUCACAUUGCAAGAAGACCGUGUACCUGAGCAGGUUCAGAAGAAGAUUGAGGACAACCUGAAAGAAACUGUGAAGAAGAAGGAAACAUUAGGAAAAUGGCACAGAGCACAAGAAGGGACCUUUAACAUUCUGGACUUUGGAGGCCAACUCAUCUACAAAGGCAUACAAAGGAUUCUCAUGGUUUCUGUUGCUGUUUAUCUUGUAGUCUUCAAUCUUGAAGACAACCUUGAUUCAUUUGCAUUUGUCCUGGAUUCUUCCAAGGAAUGGCAUAAAUACCAUAUGACGAAUCUUCAGGUUAUCCUGUACUGGAUUAGUACCAUUUACUCUGACACUCGUGUAAUGGAACAAGACGCUGACAGUAGUACAGAUUUGCCAUCUGUUUUUAUUGUGGGCACCCACAGUGGUUCACUAAUUCUUGGAAAAGACGAAAAUGAGAGAAAUCGAACGGUGAAAGAGAAGUUUGACAAAAUAAAACGUGCAUUAGCAGGCACUCCCUAUGAAUCACAUGUACAUACAACAUAUUUUUGUGUGGAAAACAGCUCACUGAAUGAUGAAAAUAUUGCAAAGCUUAAAAAGGAACUGUUAAAGCUGAUGAAGAUAAUGGUUAGGACGAUUCCUCUCAGUUGGGUGCAUUUUCAAAGUGAAAUCCAAAAAUUAAGUGAGGAGAAAGUGAUUUGUCCUUUGGAAGAGGUGAAGUCUAUUGCUACAAAGUGUGGAGUAUCAGAUGAAAAUGCCCAAAUUGCUUUGCUAGACUAUCUGUAUGAUCUUGGUGAAAUUGUAUUCAUCCGUACAAUUACAGAACUACAAAAUGAUGUUGUUGUUAAUCCAUUGAGUUUAGUUGGCUAUUGUAAGGCUGUCUUCACUGUCAUCCUUCCAGAGCUACAGGUGAAGUCUAUUGCUACAAAGUGUGGAGUAUCAGAUGAAAAUGCCCAAAUUGCUUUGCUAGACUAUCUGUAUGAUCUUGGUGAAAUUGUAUUCAUCCGUACAAUUAAGGAACUACAAAAUGAUGUUGUUGUUAAUCCAUUGAGUUUAGUUGGCUAUUGUAAGGCUGUCUUCACUGUCAUCAUUCCAGAGCUACAGUCAGCAGUAAUGAAGCAGAGUUGGAGAAAGUUGGACAAAGGAAUAUUGGAGGAACGUCUACUGAAGUUUCUUUGGAAGGAUAUUGUUGAAGAUUUGGACAAGAACUUUGACUUCUUAGUGAAAUUCAUGGAAAGAUUUGGACUUCUUUGUGAGAGACAGUCACCUAAGGAUUGUGGAACUACUCAACGUGUUUUUUACACUCCAUUGCGCCUGAAACCAAUAGCAGGUCAACAAAGACUCACAGAAGACUUUGGAACUCGUGCUAUUAGCAUUUUCCAUGAUUUCUGUGGCUACCUCCCAGAAGAACUCUUUCCACAGACAGUCACCAGGUUUAUUGAGAAGUUCCAAGCAGAAGCAGGAGGUGAGCCUGAGUUGGCACAUGAGUAUGCAGAGCUCUACCUUGAUGACAACCAUUAUGUGAUUUUUUCUGUUGUCACUGUCAAACAACGACGGAUGUUUAAGACAACAAUUGUAAGAGCAAUGAUUCUUAGUGAGGCUAGUCCUCCAGCUGAACCAGAGCCUGAAUCAUGCAAAAAGGUGUUGAAGUUUCUUGAGACUGUGUUUGAGUUACACAAUGUUAAUGAUAGGAGAGGAAUACAUGUUAAUUUGUGCAUCCCCUGCCCUUGUAGUAAGAAUACUGAACAUAUGCAGAUACUGGGAGAUUUUAAACAAGACUUGCUUCCAUGUGGACGAGACCGAGUGAGAAUAACACGCUACCAACAAUUAUUUGGAGAUGGUAACAAAACUGAAAAAGGAAGUGUUUUGAAUGAUAAACAGUUACUCAGAUUGUGUGAUGCAAUGGAUAGCAAUUGGAGAAGGCUUGGAGUUCAGCUUGGAUUAAGCCCUUCAGAAAUAGAGAAACUUGAAAGUGACAAUGUUCAAGAAAAGGAUGCAGUGAUGGCAAUGUUUGUGUCAUGGCAAAAUCGACAACCAACUGAUAUCAAUCAGGUAUCUGUGAUGAGAGCAGCGCUUGAUCAACGGGGUUACAUUCAACUCGCUGAGCAACUGAGAGAUGACUUUGGCCUACCUGAAAACUUCCCUGGGUUUCUUCAUGAUGAUGACCUGAUGCUUAUUAGUAAUGGAAUUGGCAUUAAGUAUCCGAAAGUUGCAGUACGUCUUGGUCUUACAUGGAGUGAUGUGUCAUCAGCAAAAACACAGCAUCAUGGCGAUAGUUUUGAUUCAUCCAUGGAGCUGUUGACCAAAUGGCGACAGCGACAGACUUAUUCCACACAUCAACUCCAGAUGAUGUGCGAAGCGUUAGAACAUGAAGGAUUUUCCUCUGUUGCGAAGCAACUACGACCUAAUGUGGAAGCAUCUUCAGUUCUUUGUGAAGUUUGUUUGGAUGAUAAAACUUUGCUCAGUAUUUGCGAUGAAAUGAAAAGUGAUUGGAAACUUGUGGGUAUUCAAUUAGGACUGCAGUUAUCCGAAAUAGACUGCAUAGAAAAAGACAACAAACCUGUGAAGAAUGCAAUAAUGAAAAUGCUUGUGUCUUGGAGGGAUAAACAACCAUCCAACAUCAACCAACUAACUACAAUGAGUUCAGCUCUUGCUGAAAGAGGAUAUAGUCAGCUUUCUGAGCAAUUGACAGGCAACUGGAAUUAUGAAGUAUAUUCAGAUCGUUUGGAUGAUAAAUCAUUGCUCAGUAUUUGCGAUGAAAUCAAGGGUGAUUGGAAACUUGUGGGUGUUCAAUUAGGACUGCAGUUAUCGGAAUUAGACUGCAUAGAAAAAGACAACAAACCUGUGAAGAAUGCAAUAAUGAAAAUGCUUGUGUCUUGGAGGGAUAAGCAACCAUCCAACAUCAACCAACUAACUACAAUGAGUUCAGCUCUUGCUCAAAGGGGAUAUAAUUGGCUUUCUGAGCAAUUGAAAGGCAACUUUAAUCCUGAAGAAGAGUAUUCAGAUCAUCAACCUUCAGCAUGUGCUUUAUGCAGUCUCUGUUCUGAUGAUGAAUUCUCACUGCCAAAUCUAUCAAACGUUCCACAAGAGUGUACAAUGGAUGAGCAAGACUUCCGAGGGAUUCUAUUGAAAAUAUCUGAAAAUUUGGAUGAAGAAGAUCUGUGGGUUUUGAAGGUUGCUCUCACUGAUCUUAUCAAAGACGCACACACACGUGUUGAAGCAGAUCGGGCAACUCAACUCUUUGAGAGUUUGAUCAAACAAAAUGUCCUGAGCCCAAAUGACAUGCACAUUCUGCCUGAAGUAUUCCAGUUAACAGGUUUAAAUUAUUUGCAGCGAUUCAUCAAAGGAAGCCCACAGGUGAAGGACAUUCCAAUUACUUUCUUUUCCAAGUUCCGCCAGUCUGUAGUUGCCUUUGGAAGAGCGCUAACUGCCAGCCUUACAAGAGAGAUCGAAUAUACAUUUUUUGGUACAGAAAACUUGUCCAAGAACAAAUGGAAUCUAAUGACGAAACUGGAAAUGAAUCUUAAACUUUGCAAUAACGACAAAUCAAUAGAGAGCUUUAAAGCAAAAUUCAGUAAUCAUGUAAGCAAAUAAGCUAAGAUAAAUCUAUCCAAAUACUACAAGAGCUGAAAACAAUGCUCUGUAUAGACAGUUUCUACUUAAAUUUUAAAAUGUGAUUUUGAAUUCAUUACACUAAAAUUAUUCUGUAACAUAUAUAUAUUUAUAAGCAUUUUCAUUAUUAUUAAGAGGAAUCUGUGAGUGCGGAAAAAGUACCCAGGAUCUUCUACUUUCUAAGCAGUGCUACUGGAUUUCCUUAUUAGAAAUUUCAACUGAUUGGAAGUUAACUUCUUUUCAACAUUGAUUCAAACAAAUUAUGACCAAUGAUGUGAAAAUGCAUGUUAUUUUACAUAUCAUAUCUAUACAUAUAAAUUGCAAAAUUCACAGAUAAAGUAAUCUAAAAACAUUCACAUAUAAAAAAAACAUCAGGGACAACUGCAAAACUAACAAUUAAAAUAGAACUAUUAAAAAAAAAACCCAAAAAACAGAGCUGAAAUAAGUUUUUUUACGAUGGGUGGCUUAUUUGUCGCAAAUACGUGAAUGGUCUGUUAAUCAAUGAAGUAAGGAACUAGUCCUAUGAAACUGGUAUUGAAACUAAAUAGUGAUAUACUGUAUUACUAGAAAUAAAGUUUCUGCCAUGAGAGACAGAUUAAGAGGUGGGGGCAUGCCAGCUCCCUUAUUUUCUACAAACAAUU